GCGUGAAAUUUUUCCUUGGCAAUUUGGCGACAAAAGCUUGGGUGUGACGGCAGUGUGGUUAGGUUAAAAUUUCCAGGUCCUCUAAGGCCGAGUCGUUCUUUCCAUAUUCCAGCAAACCAUGUCGGGCAAAGGGCAAUACAAUGUGAUUGUCGAGAUGGAUGACGAGCCUACUAUACAGGCCGAUACCCUUGAUAAUGACGGACUCGAGUUUCAAGACUUCUCUUCCAGUAGCGCACCCAAAAGCAGUGGAAAGAUGAACAGCAACACUCAAUCAUUCGCCACAGCACCUGGUGGAGACUUUUUUGAUCCUCACCGGCAGAUACAAGAUGAGGCUAUGGGCCGAAAACCUGUGUGGUCAUUGGAUUACUACACUCGGUAUUUUGAUGUGGAUACGAAGCAGGUCCUUCAACGCUGCUUUCACAGCAUGUAUCCUAUAGGAUUGUUUGAAGAUGUGCUCAACGAUAACCCAGAUUUAUAUGGACCCUUCUGGGUGACCACUACAGUGAUAUUCACCACAUUUGUUUCUUCCUCAUUGGCUGCAUCCAUUGUUGCCUACAUGCACAGCACACCCUACGUCUACAACUUUGGGACGCUAAGUUUUGCUGUGUUUGUUCUCUACUCGUAUACCUUUGGAUCAGCACUUUUAGUAUGGGCCGCGACAAAAUACUAUGGUUGCCAACCUAGCUUGCUAAACAUUAUCAACAUGUACGGCUACAGCAUGACUGCGUGGGUCCCUGUUUCGAUCCUGUGCGUCAUGCCUUAUGAUAUUGUCAGAUGGAUUCUGGUUGCGGUUGCUUUUGCAUUGACUGCUGUAUUCCUCAUCAAAAACCUUUAUUCCAUUAUUGCUCGAGCUGAUGCUAAAACUAGCAGACUGUUAUUGAUUGGAAUCUUGUUCGGUCACGCUAUCUUUGCUAUCACCCUCAAAUUGUCUUUCUACAGCAACGACUUUAGAGAUGCUGCCAACGAUACACCUACAUAGUGUAUAUAAUGGGGAGGGGUUUUUUCUCAUGUCUUUAUUAAAAACAACAACGCAUAGUAAUGGAUACAAAAUGACAAAAGGAUUCUAAGAGUGAUGGGUUGCUAUAAUUUAAUCAAAUUUCUGCUCAAGAGGCUGAAUAUAAUGUUUAGGGAAAUGUACAUUCAAGACGUAAACGUCGCGGCUGGAGAAGAGA